AUGGUUGACCUUGCCCGUGGUAGAGCUGUUGUGGCCCGCGCCGAGAACGGUGACCGAUUUUCCGCUCCCGGACGUGGCGGCAGCGACGCGGCUAGACCAGAACCACAACGAGUUGGUGGUGCCUACGUUAGCGAUGAGGGCGACCGAAGGCUCAGAAACUCGGCCGUCAACGCUGUGUCGUCGGUUCUGAAAAUGGAAGCCGUGGGAAGAUCUGAGCCUGAACGGGAGACGCUUGACGAUGAGAGCCGGCAACGUCAUGGGCACGUAGGUCUUGGCCCAUCGGGGCCGUUGACAGAGUCGUCAUCAUCGCCGUCCCGGAGACAGCUGUCGAGGAGCGAGAUGUCGUUGCUGAGAGGGAAACGUGUACAGGCGGCGCCGGGUUCGCGCCUGUCAGCACCACCGCAGCAAACGACGAGAUAA